AGUCAGUUUAAUAAUAGAUAGAGGGGUCAGUCCCUUGCUGGCUAAUUAUAGGAACAUUCUAAACACUGUCAUUCCCCUCAUCGCUGUCAGUUUUACCCAGAGCAAAGCAGUCUCUCGAUCCAUCUGGACCCAAUCCCUCUUUGCUGGUGUUUGAUCACAGGUUGAGAUGGACCCUCCAGUUGCCGAUCCUGGACCAACCAAGGAUGAAGGUGUUGGAUCUAAGGGUGAAAUGGAUCUUCCAGUUGCCAAUCCUGGACCAGUGAGGGAUGAAGGUCAGCUUCUCCAGUGCCCGUAUUGUGAUUCCGAAGCAAUGCACAAACUAGCGCAAUUCUUGCUCCCUGGUUUGGCUGCGGUCUGUGUCGACGGUACGACGGGUGAUCUGUUCAGGAGCCCGUCUGUUGUUGCUGUUGACCUCAGGCAAGAAAUGGUGGACUACAUUACACAAAGAAGUGAAACGUUCAUAGCUGAUACUCUCAUUGAAUCGGAGGUGGAACAAAACGCUGACAAUCAAAUGCCAGAUGACCCUUAUGAGGUCAUAUCAAUCUUCAUGGAUGAUUUCAGUCGCACGAAAAGGAACAUCAUUGGCCAUGUCUCUGGGUGGUUGUUGAGCGACAGCCGCGAAGAUAAGAUCGAUGAUUUUGUCCAGGAAAUGGAUAUGACCCGCUUCUGGCCACUAGAAAGGAGAGAAGGGAUCGCCGAGGUCCUCCUCAAGAAUGUGGACAUUAAAACUAAGUUCCACUGCCCUGAGAAAUAUGAAAACGAGGAACGUCUUGCUGAUCACAAGGCACAGUGUAGCUUCAGGCCUGUCACUUGCCCGAACGAUGGAUGCCGAGCGAAAGUUUCUGUCCGGUGCAUGCAGGAUCAUGAUGCAGCUUGUCUCUUCAAGAUCCUUCAGUGUGAGCAGAACUGCGAGAAACGGCUUCUGAGGCGUGAUAUGGAUAGACAUUGCGUUACUGUCUGCCCCAUGAGGCCCAUGAAGUGCCCUUUCGGCUGUGAUUCUUCGUUCCCUGAACAUAACCUCGAGGAGCACUGUUCAGAGAGUCUCCAGCAGCACCUGCUUAAGGUCCUUCAGGUGAUUCACAAAAAAGGUUUUACGGCCGAUCAGCUGAACGACCGUGCUCUAGAGCUGGAGAAGUCUGAAGAUCGUGGUAAACUGGCUAAAGCUCGGGAUGCAAGAUCUCUUACUAAUAUUGUGAAGGAUCUUGAAGCAAAGAAGACACCACCAAGUUGAUUAGCUUGAAGGAUCUAAUAUACGCCAGAAAUGUGAGCUGGAUAUUGGCAUGGAUUAGUUGCAGAGUUGUUUCCGCACAAAGUAUAUAGAGAAGUAACCUAAAAUUUGAGUCUUUCUGUCACUUUUUUUCUUUUCGUUAUGAUUUUGCAGACAAUCAGUUAGGUUUUUCCUGCGUGUUUUUGUUUGAACGGAAAUCGAUCCAGUUUUUUUAGAUGUAUUUUUUUCCGUUAUUGAUGUAUAUUUGCAAUUUUUGUUUCUAUGAAACAAGAAGUACAUGAGAUGAUAAUGUAUUU